GCUCCUUCCCUCGCUGCGCCACACGCACUGCCACACCGCACACGCACCGUUUUGUCCGCCCAGCUACCCGAAAAGCAACCACAGGCACACCGCUGUGGCUGUGGGCAAUGGAGUCGCGCGUGAAGCCCGGGUUUAACGGCGUGAGCGGCGCCUCAGACAGCCGCAGAGGCUACAUGGGAGCGGCGGCGGCGGUCCGCCGCAAGCCGCAGGUGGACGGCUGCAGCGUGGCGCUACGGGUGUUCAUCCUGGCGGCGACGCUUGUUGCCGCCGUGCUGAUGGGCGUGGACAGGCAGACCAGCACCGUACAGGUCACCAUCGCCGACGCGCUGCCGCCGCUCAAGGUUCCCGUCACGGCCAAGUGGUCCUACUCCUCCGCCUUCGUGUACUUCGUGGUGGCAAACGCGAUGGCGUGCGCCUUCUCGGUGGUAUCUCUGGCGGCGUGCCGCAGCCGGAGCGCGGUAUUGCCGCUGAUGAUCGGCGACCUAGUGAUGCUGGCGUUGCUGUUCUCGGCGGUGGGCGCGUCAGCGCAGUUCGGCAUCCUCGGCGAGCGCGGCAACUCGCACGUGCAGUGGGGGAAGGUGUGCCACGUCUACAACAAGUUCUGUGAGCGCGCCAUGGCCGCCGUCAUCGUCUCCCUCAUCGCCGCCUUCACUAACCUCGUCCACCUCAUGCUGGCCAUCCUCGACAUCCACAAAAACUCCUCCUACUACUAGAGCUAUAUAUAAUGGUAGUACUAGCUUGAUCUCCGAGUGAAUUAUUAAUGGUCUCCGUCCUAGUUGAUUUGGUGACUCUGGUCAUUAAGGUUCAUAAUGCAGUACAUGGUUUUCGCCCCCGGGCUCCUUAUAUUUUGUUUUGGCACCAUCUUUUU